AUGGUGACCCUGCUGCGUCGCUCCCUGUGCCCCGUCCGCCGGCUGCGGGGUCGUCCCCGGCCCGCUGCAGACGUGCCCCACCGGACCGCCAGCCAUGCCGGCCCCGGCCUUCUCUACCCCGACCACAUCCCCACCUCCCUGCUGCAGAAGACGCUGCUGGCCGCCGGCUCUGCUGCAAUGGCGCUCUACAACCCCUACCGCCACGACAUGGUUGCUGUCCUAGGGGAGACCACAGGACGUCACACCCUCAAGGCCCUCAGGGACCAGAUGAGGAGGGAUCCAGAGGGUGCCCAGAUCCUGCAGGAGCGUCCCCGGAUUGCACUGUCCACCCUUGACCUGGGCAAGCUCCAGAGCUUGCCUGAGGGCACCUUCGGCCGCCAGUACCUCCGUUUCCUGGAUGUGAAUAGGGUCUCUCCAGACACCCGAGCACCCACCCGCUUCGUGGACGAUGAGGAGCUGGCCUACGUGAUCCAGCGGUACCGGGAAGUGCAUGACAUGCUGCACACUCUCCUGGGGAUGCCCACCAACAUCCUGGGGGAGAUCGUGGUGAAGUGGUUUGAAGCUGUGCAGACCGGCCUGCCCAUGUGCCUCCUGGGUGCGCUCUUCGGACCACUCCGACUCAGUGCCCAGAGCCUGCAAGUGCUGGUGUCUGAGCUGAUCCCGUGGGCAGUGCAGAAUGGAUGCCGAGCCCCGUGCCUGCUCAACGUGUACUACGAGCGGCGCUGGGAGCAGCCUCUGCUGGCCCUGCGGGAAGAGCUGGGCAUCACCCCGCCUCCCGUGGAGCUCUGAGGCCUGGACUGAGCGGCCGGCCUCUGUCCCCGGAGGCAGAGGCUCCCCUUCUACUACUACCUUUGCUCACUUUCUGUGAAGACUGACCCUUGGACAUCACUUGUCAUAAUUUGACAUAAUCACCGCCGAGUGGCCUUGUGUGCCAACUCAGGAUAAAGCAGAUGUUGCUUCCCGGGAGUGGGGCUCCCAGGACGCCAGGGAAAGCCGUACAGGGAUGUGUUGUCCAGGCCGGAGGUGGGAUACUCCAGGUCUACAACCCAGGACUCCGUCUAGGCCCAUCGCCAUCAGAAUUGUCUGGGGGUGAGGCUGGAGUCUUGCCAAGUGAGGAAGGGUGAGAGAGAGGGGUUGUGGGUCUCUUCUCUGUGAAUAAAGGCUUCCUGCUGGUCAAAA